UUUCGAAUGUUUUAUUCAUCUUAAUAAGAGAACGCCCGCCUGCGGAGUAGGCGCUCCUGCGCCCAUGUUCGUACUAGAAUCAUAGUGACUGUUUAGUCUUAUUGGCUGAGUGUCGGCGGCGAGCGAGGCGUCACGUGGUGCUUGGCUAAAAUAACGUCACACUGAUAAUCCCUUCCACAUCGAAUAAAGUCGUACAUCAACAUUGGUGGGUUGUGUAUACCUCACCUCGCUCCAUUACUUUACACGAGAGCUUCGAUAGACCCAGAUAAAAGAUUCUUGAACAAAUGUCAGCAAAUAGCGAAAGCAUCGAUAUAAAACAAACGGAGGUUCUUGAGCGCCGCAGUUUCCUCCACUUUCUAUUAGACCUGCUUUUGGAGGUCGUCUCAGACGAGCUCUGGGACCCGUGCCUCACACCUUUGACAUCGAUAGGCUCUUCUGCGAUACCUCGUGACGAGAGCGAUGACCAGCACCACGAGCAGUGCGAUCAACUCCUUCCAGUAUACCAUGGAGUCGUUGCAAUCUUGACCGAACUACUGAAUACUGAACAUGUGCAUUUGAAUGGGCAAAACCGCACUCAUAUACAAGAACAACUGAUGGAGGCUCAACUCAAGUGUCGACAACAGCGCCGGCGCCAUUCACUCGAUGCCAAGCGGAAUCUUGCCCUUGCUAUCAGUGAUCAUCUCAAGUUUGAUGAAAGGACCAAAUUAUUAUAA